AUGAUUAAUAUUUAUAAACAAAAAACAAUAAAUUUAAGUCUUAAUAAUAAAGUGGUUUUAAAUACCAUUAAAUCAUCAAAUAGACCAUUUUCAAUAAUAAAUUAUAAUAAUAAUAGAUUAUUUUGUACAAGUAGUAAUAAUAACAAAGAUAUAAAUAAUAACGAAUCAUUAAUUAAAGAUGAAAAAUUAAAUAAUGUAGAUCCAAGUAUAAUUUUAUUAAAAUAUGAACCAAAUGUUAAACAUAUGACAAAAGAAGAAAUGAAAAAAGAUGAGAGACCAUGGCAUUUAAGAUUAAUGGGAUUCUAUUCAAAAGAUACUCUUUCAUUACACAAUAGUUACAAUAUUUAUGAAGCAAUUACAAAACAAUCAUCAGAUAUCGAAUUUUAUAAACAAUUUGGUUUACCAGUUAAUGUUAGAAGUUGGUUUGCAGUUUCAGUUUUAAAUAUUUGGAUCUCAUAUGUACGUUUAAGAAAAGAAGGUGCCAAAAAUUCAAAACAAAUACAAAUCGAUUUAUAUGAUCGUUUUUGGGAAGAUUUAGAAAAGAAAAUUGCUUUAGCUGGUAUUAAAAGAAGAUUCAUUCCAAAAUAUUUAAGAGAAUUUUAUACAUCUUAUUUAGGUUCAUUAAUUGCAUAUGACGAAGCAUUGUUUGAUGAUGCUACUUUAGUUAAUGCAAUUUGGAGAAAUUUCUUUGCCAUGAGUGAAGAUGUCAAAACUGAACAACUUUUAAAUUUAGUAAAAUAUGUUCGUUACCAAUUAAACCAUUUAGAUAAUGAUGUUAAAGAAGUUAUAAACAUUGAUUAUAUUCCAAUCAAUAAAGUUAAAUCAUUAUAA